AGAGCACCAGGAGCACAGCACGCGCAGCAGGACGUGCGGGACGCAUCGUUUACUUUUUACGGUCUUAGCAGCCAGACCUCUUUAGGAACCAUUACCAAGGCGGAAGUGGAUUAACUGUAUGGAAAAGUCAUCAGAAAACUUGUGGAUUUGGUAUAUGCCAACAGACUCACAACCCAACUCUGCUGCAUGAAGGUGUCUGCAUGUAACCACCUGAUCCACUUUUGCCCUUUGUGUUUGACUGUGCGAUUGAGGCAAGAUGAGGCUAGCUGCUCUGCUCUGCCUCCUCAGUAUCAUAACCUUUGGAGUCAAAUGCACUCGAAUUGUCCGGGACUCCCAAAGCCCCCCUGUAUCUGACCCUCUGUCCAACAACACAGUCCUGGGACCACCCCCUCCUCCCAGCCGACCGAGAGGAGCCUUCCCUCCCAUGUGCAUAAAGCCUACAGAGAUCAAGAAUGCCUUUAAAUAUGUCAAUACAAUUGUCUCCUGUUUGAUAUUCGUGGUGGGGAUCAUUGGGAAUUCUACGCUGCUCAGGAUCAUAUAUAAAAAUAAAUGCAUGAGGAAUGGGCCCAAUGUGCUGAUUGGGAGUCUGGCUCUGGGAGACCUGCUGUACAUCAUUAUAGCCAUACCCAUCAAUGUCUUCAAGCUCCUGGCAGAGGACUGGCCAUUCGGGGUGUACAUCUGUAAACUGAUGCCUUUUAUCCAAAAGGCCUCAGUGGGGAUCACUGUCCUGAGCCUCUGCGCACUCAGCAUCGACCGGUACCAUGCGGUGACAUCAUGGAGCCGUGUUAAAGGCAUGGGCAUCCCUCUGUGGAAGGCGGUGGAAGUGACCUUGAUCUGGCUUCUGGCUGUGCUCCUGGCUGUUCCAGAGGCUCUGGCCUUUGACAUGAUGGAGUCCCCCUACAGAGGGACCAAGCUCAGGGUGUGUCUGCUGCACCCCGAGCAGACAACCAGUUUCAUGAAGUUUUACCGGAAUGUGAAGGACUGGUGGCUGUUUGGCUUCUACUUCUGCUUCCCUUUGGCCUGUACCUUUAUCUUCUACACUCUCAUGACCUGUGAGAUGCUCAGUCGCAAAAAGGGCAUGCGCAUUGCCCUCAACGACCACAUGAAGCAGAGACGGGAAGUGGCUAAGACAGUUUUUUGCCUGGUGCUGAUCUUUGCUCUGUGCUGGCUCCCCCUUCACCUCAGCCGCAUUUUAAAGAAGACAAUCUAUGACCAAAAUGACCCAAACCGCUGUGAACUGCUCAGUUUCCUGUUGGUGAUGGAUUACAUCGGGAUCAACAUGGCAUCUCUAAACUCCUGUAUUAACCCCAUCGCCCUGUACUUUGUUAGUCAGAAGUUUAAAAACUGCUUCCAGUCCUGCCUGUGCUGCUGGUGCUACAGGACCUCUCCUCUGGACAAACAAGGCUCUGGACGCAGUUGGAAAAGCUCAUGUCACGGGAACGGACUCGACCGCUCCAGUUCUCGCUCCAGCUCCCAAAAAUAUUCCUCCUCUUCAUAAAAGCACAGCACUAACUUCACUCAUGAGAGAAACCUCAGACUCUGGGCAACCCAAACUUUCAACCCAAAACUAUAGGAGAAACUGGGACCUACUAUAUUGAAAAAAGAUGCAUUUAAAGCACUGACAAAUAGAGCAAAGGACUUGAACCUACAAAGGAUAAGACAUAUACAUUGUAAACCAUUCAAGUAUAACAUAUGGUCAUUUGCCAGUUAUGCAACUCCCAACAAACUUCACUUAUAAGAGAAAUCACUCUAUGCAGCCCAGACUAUUAAGUGACUACAAUAUUAAAAAGACAGGCUGUUGGGUGCACCCUGGUUAAAGCAGUGGAAGCAUGCUGAACCAUAAAAUCUUUUUUGCUAUAAUACGUGAAUGUGAGGCAGAGAAAAUAUAAAUGAAGUAUAGCUGAUGUUCUUAUUUAUCAGGAGGAGGAGGGCUGUAAAUGCGUAUAAAACUGAUAGGCUGCCCAAGUUGGAGGGACAGGUGUAGCCUCUGCACAGGAGAGAAUGCUGCUUUUUAUGGCAUCUUAUAUAACAAACAAAAUAAUAAGUUGUUUCCAGAGCACCCUUUAUAAAAAGACACACUUUACUUGCAGCCCUGACGCCCUGGUAGCAAGAGAUGUCCAUCAAACUGACCUUUUAAGCGUCAGUCUGUUGUCCUUAGAGAAUCCUGAGAGCAGAGAACGAGACCUUUGUUUGUGUCCUGUUAUCCUGCUUCUCUUAUUCUGUUCAAAUUUUUCUCCAAGCAGUCUGUAAUCUUUCCUGGACUCUGCAGCACAAAGUUACUAUUGAAAGUAAAGCCUGAGUUUCACAACAUGUCUCCCGGGCCAUUCUUGUGCGUGCGUCUGCUGAUGAAAUACAGUUGAGCUGUGGAUGACGCUGAUUGGGGCCUGUACACUUGUACAUGAGGCUUAUGAGAUAUAGACUAUGCUUAGGGCAAACACAUUCACAAUCAGCACUGUGUAUUUAAAAAAAAAAGUUCCAUAAUUUGAGGAAACUGCAGCUUGUCUGAUAGUAGUUCUUUAAAUAAAAUUACACUGAAAUUAUCAAUAUAUUAUUAAAAAAAUAAAUGAGGACACUGGUCUAUUAAACAGGGUAAAUAAAUUUUCAAUGCCUUAUAUCAGGUCUUGCAAUAAAUAUCUAAAUAAAUAAAUAAUGUGAAUGACAUAUUUUGCCAAAUGCCUGUGAUGGUUCACACCAUUACACACUGUUCAGUGUAUUUCAGCAUCAGCCACACCAUCACCUCCAGUGUCGUGCCCUGUCCACUUGUUGGUCAGGAGUCAUCUUGAUGCCUUUAUCUCUUUGUAUGUGCGGUUUACGUUGACACACACAUUGAGCUGAUUAGCACACCUGGUGCACACUGCAGUUAACCUGCAUAAAUUGUCCAAAGAAGACAAGUUUGUUGCGUGCAUUCACACAAACGGGCCACAAGGAUAAUGUCUGGAGAAGAACUGUGUGGCAUUUGUGUGUGAAAAUGACUAUUAUAAAUUAUCACCUGCUUAAUAUUCAACCCACUACAAAACCAGCCUGUCUUCUCCAUUAAAGCUACAGUUUGUCAUCUGUUGGAUUAGACCACGCAAGGCCAGCCAUCACUCCACAAUUUUUUUAAUGGACCACUUUUGAUGUUGACCAUUUCAAGACCUGGGUUUCAGAGAUGUUCAGACUCACUUUUCAAGACAUCCAGUGUAUUAAACUUGCUUGAUUUUUUCACAAUUUCUCUUGUCUACUUAAAGGUGCACAUUAUUGACAGACAGGACAACAAUAGCUUGUCUCCAUUAAGAUGCUAUUGUCUUGCUUAGAAUGUUCCAAAGUAUGGCGUUAAACAUAUUUAUCUCACAUAUAUUAAAUUUGUGGGGUUUUUUUUAUUGCUCUAUAAUACAUUGAAAUCCAUGCAUUCUUACUGUGGGUAGGUCACCUCUCCACAGAUCAGACCUGUAACUUGGCCUAGUGGCACCAGUGCAUUUAUAGUUCCAGAUGUAGUUCUAGUGUAAUGCCAUAGUGUGGAACAUUCCAAGCAAAGCAACAACAUCGCCAUGAAGACAACUAGAUGCUGUACCGUUCAGCAGAAAAGUUACACAGUACACCUUUAAGUAUCAUUUCUGUUGACCAUUAAGUGUUCAGUGUUUAGGUCAUAUUUUGAAUGUUUAGAUAGAAACAGUGUAUUGAAGGCACAUGUAUAUUUGUGCAUAGUAUUAUAACAAGUGGCAGAUCUACAAUUAUUAUAGCAUAGAGCUCCACAAAUGUACAUACAGACAAUAUAUUAGCACUGAUUAGCUGUGAUACCUCCUGAGACAGACAUUUUCCAACAGCUGAGCUAAGAACAUUAAUACCAUUCAUUAAGUUUUCCUGAUAAAAUAAAAGCACUUACAAGCUCAAUAUUACCAGCAAGACAUAGGUUGACAUAGGCAUGAAUAGGUUUAGCUUAAUUAAUUAGCUUCUGUGUAUUUUGGAGGUCUGAGAUUGGCACUAAAAUCUGUCCCAGGUCUCACUGUCCAUUCCCCAGUAAUUAAACCAAUAUUGAAACCACUUGUUAAAUUUUCUUGGUCUAAUCUUGGAGAAAAAUACAAUUUUCAUCAGCUUUGUACUUAGCAUGAAGGUCACAGAAUUUAAACAACACUAGUCUAAACCACAUGCUUCACAUACUGCACAUACUUCUAGACUUCUAGUCUCUUUUUUUUUUAAGCAAAGUAGCCUUAUAAUUGUCUAUAAUAUGCAAGUUGCCAACAAUUACACAUGUAUCAAUCAUUCACACUGCAAUGUAGGUGAUUCAACCAUUCACAUUAGGAAACACAGGAGCACUAUGUAACUUUCUGGUGAAGGGCCCUACCAGUUUCUUGUCUCCAGGGAGAUAUUACUGCUUUACCCGGAACAUGAAAUACUAUAUCUCAGUGGAGAAAAGCAAAUGACGCCACUUCACAGUUCAGUUUACAGUUCAGGUCAGUGGAGAGGUGAACCCGCUCACACUGAGAAUGCAUCUUUUUGAAGUAAUAUUUGAGUCAAUAAAAUGCUAAAUGGACAUUCAGGGAAAACAUUAACGUAUCUAUAGAGAUAAGCAAGUAGGGUAGCAGACCCCCAUACCAGAAAAGUUACAUAGUGUAUCUUUAAAUUACACCACUUGCGCUAAUUUUCCUCAUAGAUAUUCACAGAUGGUUUCUAAAGGCAGGUCCUUUUGAAAUCUAUUAUUUAAAAAUCACUACCCAGCAUUUCCCAUACAGAACACAUUUCACUGUCUGGACAAUAAUGAUGGAGCUCCUGACUUGGCUUGUUGCAUUAUAUCUCCUGUUGACGUCAUCAGUGUAUUGAAAACAGGCUGUACCAUCGGACUUUAGUCACAAGAGAAAAGAGUCUGAACUGUUUUAUCACCACAUCUCUCGAAGUCAUGAGGAGGGCAGCUGUUUCACAUGUUUAACACAGGCUCCCAUUACAAUGUACUGACUGAACAGCUCAUAUUGUGUCAAUGGCCACACCAAGUUUAUCUAUAAAAAAAUGUAGGAAUUGUAUGUAAUGUAGGACUGGGAUAGACAUUGUCCGUUCAAUGUUGUCACUAUGUAAGAUUAGCUAUAUAAGAUUAUUUUUGUUGUAUCAAAUAGAUUCAUAUUUUGUACAUGUGGUUAUUUCAUAUGUUUUGGAAUUUAUUUAUUUCCUAUAGAGAUAGCUAUACACACAAGUUUGGAGUAGCACACAAGAGCAGCAACCAGAACCAAACCAAGACAAGUGGUAAUUCAAGCUAUUGGGUAAUUAUUCCUGCUUCUCCAAACAUGUUCACAUUAUCUACCGUUGGUCAUAGGUCAUGUAUCUAUUAGACUUUCUUCUGCAGAAUAGUGCCUUUAAAACGUUAUGCAUAAUUUAACUGGUGAACAAGCACAAGACAAAGAGAUUAUAUAUUUUUGCUCAUAAUAGAUUAGUUACAUUUAUUUUAUAUAUCUGAUUAUUUUAUGAUGGUGUGUAUUUGACCAAAGUUGUUUUGAGAAGCCAAACAGUGUGUGUAUUAAGUGCUUUGAAUUGAAUUUGAUUGGAUUAUGUUAUAUUGGGACAAAUGAGCUCCUUUUGUUGGGAUCAUCUGAUUGGGCUGUAUGCGUUUCAUUAAGUCUCUAUCUAUGUCGGCCAUCUUGAUUUUUCUCAAUGUCACAUCUUAACUGGCUUUAUACUCCGAAAUAGGGCCGUUUAUGGAGAGACCUCACCUGUUCAAAAUCGCUUUUAAUGCUUGAUUUUAUGUUGUAAAUUUUUGUGAUAUUUUAUUAUUGUAUCCACUGUGAAGAGACUUUGAGUGUCCUGAAAAGCGCUAUAUAAAUAAAAUUUAUUAUUAUUAUUAUUAUUAUUAUUAUUAGACCACCGACGUACUUUUGAAGAGAAAAUAACGUCUGGAAGAUUGAAAGCCUAUGUCAAUGUAACUUUGUUUUUAUAUAUAUAUAUAUGUACUUGUGGCAGUAAUAAAUCAUAUUUUAUAGCAUC